CAACUUGCAUAGACCAAUGCUGUCCGCUGUUACUCGAACCGCCGUCAGGAGAACGAGCGCCAGGGCUCCGGUGCUGGCUGCGGGUGCGCGACGAGGCCUUGCUCAACCCUCCGGGGCAGACCGGGCAAGCGUAGUCGAUCUACCUUCGACUUAUGCCGAUGAGAGUCACUUUUCGCCCCGAGCUGAUAUGCUUGGCUUCAAGCUCGAGAUGCCCACCAGAGAGGGCUCCACUGACACGGUGCGGCCCAUCUACUUGGACAUGCAGGCAACCACUCCUGUUGAUCCUCGAGUGCUCGACGCGAUGCUGCCGUACCUUACCGAUCAAUAUGGCAACCCCCACAGCCGGACUCAUGCCUAUGGCUGGGAGGCCGAACACGCAGUAGAAGAUGCCCGAAAGCAUAUCGCCGACCUCAUUGGCGCCGACCCCAAAGACAUCAUCUUCACGUCUGGCGCCACCGAAUCCAACAACAUGUCGAUUAAAGGAGUCGCACGCUUUCACAAGGAGAAGAAACGGCAUAUCAUUACGACACAAACGGAACAUAAAUGUGUCCUUGAUUCGUGCCGCAAGCUCAGCGAAGAGGGAUUCGACAUCACGUAUCUCCCGGUCCAGACCAAUGGUAUCAUCUCCUUGGAAGAGUUGGAGGCCGCCAUUCGUCCGGACACUGCGCUCGUCUCGAUUAUGACCGUGAACAACGAGACCGGUGUCAUCCAGCCGAUCAAGGAGAUUGGGGCGUUGAUUCGAAAGCAUCGCGGAGUUUACUUUCACACCGAUGCUGCCCAGGCGGUUGGCAAGAUUCCCUUGGAUGUGAACGAGAUGAACAUUGAUCUUAUGAGUCUCUCGGGACACAAGAUCUAUGGGCCCAAGGGUGUUGGUGCGGCCUACGUCCGUCGGAGGCCCCGUGUCCGACUAGAGCCGAUCAUCAGCGGAGGUGGACAGGAACGAGGUCUGAGAAGCGGAACGCUGUCGACAUUCCUGGCCGUUGGGAUGGGUGAAGCUGCCCGUAUAUCGAAGUUGGAGAUGGCGCGCGACCACCAGCGCAUUUCUGAGUUGUCCAACCGUUUGAUCAACAAGAUCAAUGCUCAAGUGGAACAAGUUGUUCGCAACGGUGAUGUGAACGGCUAUCCUGGCUGCGUGAACUUGAGCUUCUCGUAUGUGGAAGGAGAAAGUCUUUUGAUGGCAUUGAAGGACAUUGCCUUGUCGUCUGGAAGUGCUUGCACCUCCGCGUCCCUCGAACCAUCUUACGUUCUCCGAGCUCUAGGCGCUGCUGAGGACAUGGCCCAUUCCUCGCUUCGGUUUGGUAUCGGGCGCUUCACGACCGAGGCUGAGGUUGACUUUGUGGUGGAUCGCAUCGUUAAAACCGUACAGAAGUUGCGAGACAUGAGUCCUCUCUGGGAGAUGGUGCAGGAAGGCAUUGAUAUCAACACAAUCGACUGGUCGCAGUCCCAGCACUAACUGACAUAUGUUCUCGAACUUUUUUCAAAAAUGUACACUAGCCCUUUAGAAUCCCUUGGUAUAUUAUGCACUCAACUUAUUUGCCGCGCUGAAUGACGCCGCACGGACCACUGAUGGUGUGGGCGCUACGCCAUCAACGAAUGAUCAAAAUUUCAAUCUCCGCCUCCUCCUUCGUUGUCAUCCUUUUGAGGCAACCAGCAUGUCUCGUCGUCUCUACCUUGGCAGGCUUGCGCCCGACACUCGUCCCGAGGAUGUGAAGACGUUUUUCGACGGUAUGGGAGCUAUCGUCGACUGCCGCGUCAUGACGGGUUUCGGUUUUGUUGAGUUUGAGAACGCCAAGGAUGCCGAUGAUGCGGUGAACAAUUACAAUGGAAAAACCCUUAUGGGACAAAGUAUCGUCGUCGAGUUUGCUAAGGAAAGCCGUCCUCGUCGUGAGUUCGAUGACAGAGGCAGCUCUUCUCGCUCUCGUCGGCCCCCUGGGCACCGCAUCAUCGUUUCGGGCAUCUCUCGUGAUACCAGCUGGCAGGACCUGAAGGACUUUGGACGCGAGGUUGGCAAUGUGUCAUUCGCAGAUGUCGAUCGAGACUACCGCGACCAAGGUGUUCUUGAGUAUAUUGCACGAGAAGAUGCGGAGCAUGCCGUGAAAGAGUUGGAUGGCAAAGAUCUCCGUGGUCGCGCUGUUCGCGUGUCUCUGGACAAUUCGAACACCCAGCGCUCCGGUCCGGAUAACUACCACCGCAGCGACCGUCGGGAUGAUCGGGACCGUGGCGAUCGCUACGACCGCGACCGCCGUGAUGAUCGUCGGGACGACCGGGAUCGGGACCGCUACCGAGAUGGCGACCGUGACCGUUACAGAGACCGAGAUGACAGGCGUCGUGACCGUGAUCGCUCGCGUUCUCCUCGUCGUGAGAGAGACGAUGAGCGUCGUAGGUCUCCCCGCCGCGACCACGACGAUAAAAGAGCUCCUGGAGAUAAAGAAGACAGAAGACGAGAUGAAGAACCCAGGAACGGAGAUUGGCCUCGUUAAGGGAAAAAAAAGUUGUGGUCUGGAACGCCCUGAAAAGUCCGAAUUGGAAAGGCGCUUGCAAUGUUCCCAAAUGUCUCCCUGUCUUCUUUCUCUCUCCAAGUUCUCUGUCACUCGCUGUCUUUUCUCUGCCUGUCUCCCCGAAAAUGGUGUUUCUGUACCCUGCUCUGUAUCCAUUGGAUCUCGUGGACUUGCGGAACGCACAAGUAUCUAUCUCCGUCAAACGCACCUGCCAUGACAUGCACCGAGAAAGAGGAUUCUGUUCUAUGAUUCGAUCACAAAUCUCAGAACAGAGCCGUUCUCUAUCCCCAACCAAGCCAAAUCCUGUGAAUCGCGAUCGCUUUCGAGUAGCGUGAAUGAAUUGUGGUCCAUCCGCAGCCAAAGAGUAAUUCUUGUGUGAUUU